AUGUUUACCCAACACUCCGGGCAAGGUCAACAUGCCCGGAUCAAUGGCGCCGGGCGAGGCAUGCCCAACCUGCUGUACAACUUCCAACACUCCCAACAUCAACACCCUUCUCAGACCCAACACCACCAGGGGCUUCAGCAUGACCAUGGCAUGCCCAACGCCAAUGGAUUGAGCCACCACUCGAGCUUCGCCUCGGGCGUACUCUCAAACUCGAGUCCUUUCAAUGCGAGCGCUCUCCAGAAUGGGCAUUCGGCGACAACGCGAGGACAAGCACCCCCGAACGAGAUGUGGCAGGAGCAAUUGAGGAUGCACAAGGAGGCUGAGCGAGCGCAUGCUGCCAUGACCGAUCAACAACAACCGCACUACUAUGCUAGGCUCAAGGCGUCGGAAAACAGAGGCAUUGGCGGCCCUCCGCCCACCACCGUGCGCGCCCAGGCGGAUAGCGAGAACGAUAGUGUUGACCGACGGCGUCCCGCGCCCGUGGAGAAGGAGACCCGGCGCCAGGAUUGGCAUAAUAUGGACAUGAGCGGCCAGGGUCUGCGAAACUUGGCACCGGAGCUGUUCAGGUAUCAGUUCCUGAACGAGCUCUACAUUGCUUCAAACAAGCUCACUCGACUUCCCAACGCCAUUGGAGAGCUACGCCAGUUACGCCAUCUUGACGCCUCCUUCAACCAAAUUUCAGAGAUCCCCCCUGAAGUCGGAAUGUGCACCUACCUGAAGCAGCUGCUGCUAUUCAACAACAAUAUCCAAACAUUGCCUUUUGAACUGGGAUCGCUCCACCUUCUUGAGAUGCUGGGCAUCGAAGGAAACCCCUUGGAGCAUGACGUGAAGCAGGAGAUUAUGGAGAAGGGAACAAAGAGCCUGGUCAAUGCACUGAGAGAAGGCGCUCCGAUUCCCCUGGCUCCUGCACCCCGCAAGCCCAUCGUCAUUCAGGAAGAUGUGUCACCCAACUUGGAAAAGAUCAAGGUUUUCUCAUGGAACAUUCUCUGCGACAAGUAUGCGACUCCACAGACAUACGGCUAUACCCCCACGGGUGCCCUCAACUGGGAGUAUCGCAAGGACUGCAUCUUGGAGGAGCUUCGGAUCCGCGACGCCGACUUUCUUGCUCUUCAGGAGGUCUCCACGGAUGCCUUCAAAGAGGAUCUCAGCCCCGACCUGGCGCAAAUGGACUACAAGGGCGUUCACUGGCCCAAGUCCCGAGCAAAGACCAUGUCGGAAAAGGACGCUCAGUCAGUGGAUGGAUGUGCCGUCUUUUACAAGCAGAGCAAGUUUAUCCUGCUGGAUAAGCAGUUGAUCGAGUUUGCUACUAUUGCUAUCAACCGACCCGACAUGAAGAACCAGCACGAUGUCUUCAACCGUGUGAUGCCCAAGGACAAUAUUGCCGUCAUCUGCUUCUUUGAGUCACGACUGACGGGAGCGCGCAUCAUCUUGGUCAACGUUCAUCUCACCUGGGACUCUGCUUUGGCCGAUGUCAAGGUUAUCCAGACGGGUAUCCUGAUGGAGCACGUUACCAAGCUCGCCGAGAAGUAUGCUAGGUGGCCAGCGGUGAAGGACAAGAAGAUGAUUGUCCUGCCAACGUCGGACGAUGAGGUUCCCACGCCCCAGAUCGAACCAGGCCCCAGCCAAGAGUACCGGACCAACACAGAGAUCCCUCUUUUGGUUUGUGGUGAUUUCAACUCGACUGAAGACUCUUCGGUGUACGAGUUGAUGUCCAUGGGCCGAGUACCCCCGGAUCAUCUCGAGUUGAGCAACUUCCAGUACGGCAGCUUCACACGAGACGGUAUCGAGCAUCCCUUCAGCCUCCGAGACGCCUACGCCCACACCAAGCACACGGCUGAUGAAAUGCCGUUCACGAACUACACGCCAGGCUUUGCUGACGUGAUUGACUAUAUCUGGUAUUCGACCAACACACUCGAGGUGGUGGACCUUCUCGGACCCCCUGACCCCGAAUAUCUUAAGCGAGUGCCCGCGUUCCCCAACUGGCACUUCCCGGCGGAUCACAUCCAGAUCAUGUCCGAGUUUGUGAUCAAGGGGCGCAAGGAGAAGAAGCACCUGCCGGACCGAGAACCCGAUUUUGGAGGCGGCUCCAGCGGACCACGAGGCUAG